CCGUUGUUUUCCUCCCUUUCUUGCGUCCUCAUCUCCAUCCUCGACAUCAAUUGCAUCCACUGCAGCCAUGUCGUUCAAUUCCACCAUCCCCGGUGCCCUGCACCCUUACUACCCGGUCGGUGUCGAGAUCACAGGGUACCUCAUGAACUUCUGGAACACGGUUGAGCUGCUCAGCAUGUUCACGGCGGGAAUCACAGUAAUCUUCAGCGCGACGUAUGUUAUUACGAAGCGUCUGCGGCCGACUGUCAGCACGGGCGACCUGUCGACGAUCAUGUGGUUCGUCCUGUGUGGGUUCAUCCACUCGUUCUUCGAGGGCUACUUCUCGUACAACUUCCGCCGCAUGGGGGGCAUGCAGGAUCUGUUUGGUCAGCUGUGGAAGGAGUACGCGUUGAGCGACAGCCGGUACCUGACGCAGGAUGCGUUUGUGCUGUGCAUGGAGAGUGUCACUGCCUUCUUCUGGGGCCCUCUCUCGUUCGUCACGGCCGGCCUCAUCGCGACCGACCACCCACUGCGCUACUCGCUCCAGCUUAUCGUCUCGCUCGGCCAGUUCUACGGCGACGUGCUGUACUACGCCACAUCCCUCUUCGACCACUACAUCCUCGAUGUGUCGUACUCGCGUCCUGAGCAGUGCUACUACUGGGGCUACUUUGUCCUUAUGAACGCCUUCUGGAUUGUGAUUCCGGGAUACCUGAUGUGGCAGAGUGUCGAUGCCACCACGCAGGCAUUCGCGGCGGUCAACGAGGCAGCCAGCCUGAUGAAGCGCGCAGAGAAGAUGGGAUACACCAAGAAGAAGGCUUGAGCUUGGGUUGUCUUGGUGGGCGAUGAGAUGGUGGAUGGGAUGAGUGGGGCAAGGGGGGGUCUGAAGGAAGGGCUGAAAAUAUAGCGGCAAUGUUGGGGCUGUAUAUAGAUAGAAGUGGUAGACGGGGCACAGGAGCAUUGCGGGCGGCGUUGUAAUGAUAGGCGUGGCUAUUGCCGCGUGCACACAGGACAUGAAUGAAUCGAAACGAACUGAGCGAGUAUCCGUGCACAGACCACCAUGACGCACGGGCAGUAAGCAUACUGUCUCAGACGGCGGACGGGAGAGUCGCGCAG